AUGGAGCCAUCACUGAGCAAGCGCCUUACUCCAAAGCGACCUGCUUACGUUGCUGCUCUUUGUAGAAGGAAGAAAACAGCUGCUACUUACCAUGGUUACAGUCCUAUGAUGGAAUGCCCACAAGGCUACAAGAGGAUCAAUGCUACAUUUUGUCAAGAUAUCAAUGAGUGUCAGUUACAGGGAGUGUGCCCUAAUGGUGAGUGCUUGAAUACUAUGGGCAGCUACAGAUGUACCUGCAAAAUGGGAUUUGUGCCAGAUCCUACCCUCUCACGAUGCAUACCUGAUAACCCUGUAGUUGCUGAAGAGAAAGGACCCUGCUACCGGUUUGUUAGUGCAGGAAAGCAAUGCAUGCAUCCUCUUUCUGUUCAGCUCAGCAAGCAGCUUUGCUGUUGCAGUGUUGGCAAAGCCUGGGGCCCACACUGUGAGAAGUGUCCACUGCCAGGAACAGCUGCUUUUAAGGAAAUCUGCCCUGGUGGAAUGGGUUAUACGGUUUCUGGCCCUCACAGAAACAAGCUAUAUCAUCACCCUGCAGUUAGAGUACAGCCACCUGUCAUUGGCAAGACCCCGAUUACUCAACCUGUUGCUAAAGGUACUUCUCCUCCACCUCUCCCAGCAAAGGAAGAGCCAGUGGAGGCACUGACCUUCUCACAGAAAAGUGAGACUGAGAUGGCUGUGCAAGAAGUGGCAACUGCAGCCCCUGAUCAGGAAUUAGCUUCCCUUGAUCAAGAAAAGCAGCCUGAUCUAGAGCCUGGACAACCUCAGCUUUCUCCUGGAAUUUCAACUAUUAACCUGCAUCCCCAGUUCCCAGUAGUGAUUGAGAAAACAUCUCCUCCUCUGCCUGUUGAAGUUGCUCCUGAAGUCUCCACUUCGAGUGCAAGUCAAGUAAUUGCACCUACUCAAGUUACAGAAAUCAACGAAUGUACAGUUAAUCCUGAUAUCUGUGGAGCAGGACACUGUGUUAAUUUGCCUGUGGGAUACACUUGCAUCUGCUACGAAGGGUACAGACUUAAUGAUCAACAGACAAAGUGCUCUGAUAUUAAUGAGUGUAUUCAGGCACCCCAUCUCUGUUCCCUUGGACGCUGUGAAAACACAGAAGGAAGUUUCCUGUGUAUUUGCCAAGCUGGAUUCAUGGCUAGUGAAGAUGGAACUGACUGCGUUGAUUUUGAUGAAUGUUCAAGACCUCACACUUGCGGGGAAGGCUUUUGUGUAAAUACUGUUGGCUCAUACAGGUGUGAAUAUUGUGAUAGUGGAUACCAAAUGAACAGGAGAGGGGAAUGUGAAGACAUCGAUGAGUGCCGGACUCCAACUACUUGUCCAGAUGCCCAGUGCAUUAAUGCUCCUGGCUCUUACCAGUGCAUUCCUUGCAGAGUGGGAUUCAGAGGCUGGAAUGGACAGUGCCGGGAUAUAGAUGAAUGUCAGUAUGGCGAUCUCUGUACAAAUGGACGUUGUGAAAACGUGGAGGGGUCUUUCAGAUGCAUUUGUCGCCAAGGUUUCAGACUUUCUGCAUCAGAGGAUCAGUGUCAAGAUAUAGAUGAAUGCCAGCACCGAUCACUUUGUACGAAUGGGCGUUGCAGGAACACAGAAGGAUCUUUCAGAUGUAUUUGUAGCCAAGGCUACACCUUAUCAUCUAUGAGAGAUCAGUGUGAAGAUGUUGAUGAAUGCCUUCAAGACAGUGAUGUUUGCUUUGGAGGAACCUGCAUGAAUACUGAUGGGUCUUACAAAUGCACUUGUCCAGAAGGUUUCCAGCAGAUACCAAAUAGGGGAUGUCAAGACAUCAAUGAAUGUGAGAGAUCUGACCUGUGUUCACCUCACGGAGAGUGCCUCAACACGGAUGGUUCCUACCAGUGCAUCUGCGAGGGGGGCUUCUCUGUCUCUGCUGAUGGCCGAACGUGCGACGAUGUCGAUGAAUGCGUGAAUGGCACAAUAUGUGGCAGUCACGGGUUCUGUGAAAAUAUGGACGGCUCCUACCGCUGCCUCUGUUACCAAGGGUAUCAGGACUUACAGGAUGGGCAAGGGUGUACAGAUGUGAAUGAAUGUGAGAUGCUGAGUGGAGUAUGUGGCGAAGCCCUGUGUGAAAAUGUCGACGGUUCUUUCCUGUGCCUGUGCUCUGAUGAAAACCAGGAGUACGAUCCAAUGACUGGGCAGUGUCGCUUCCGUACCUCACCAGAAUUACCAGUAGAGGCUGACCAACAUGAGAAUGGAAAGAAGGAGUGCUACUACAAUCUGAAUGAUGCUAAUUUCUGUGACAACGUGCUCACGUCCAAUGUAACCAAACAAGAAUGCUGCUGUACCUUGGGUGCUGGCUGGGGCGAUAACUGCGAAAUCUUCCCAUGCCCUGUCUUUGGAACUGCUGAAUUUUCUGAUUUGUGUCCUGAAGGAAAAGGUUUCAUUCCCUCUGGAGAAUCAUCUUACGGGCUUCUUUCUCAGAAUUAUAAAGAUGCUGAUGAAUGCCAACUCUUUGGACAAGAAAUCUGCAAAAAUGGCUUCUGUUUGAAUACACAGCCAGGUUAUGAGUGCUACUGCAAACAAGGCACAUACUAUGACCCUGUUAAGCUCCAGUGCUUUGACACGGAUGAAUGUCAGGACCCAAACAGCUGUAUUGAUGGCCAGUGCAUUAACACAGAAGGAUCUUACAACUGUUUCUGUACACACCCAAUGGUUUUGGACGCAACAGAAAAGCGAUGCAUCAGACCAGCAGAUUCAAGUGAACAAACUGAAGAAACUGAGGUCUACCAGGAUCUUUGCUGGCAACAUCUAAGUGAUGAUUUUGUUUGUAGUCGACCUCUGGUUGGAAAACAAACUACAUAUACCGAGUGUUGUUGCCUGUACGGUGAAGCCUGGGGCAUGCAGUGUGCACUGUGUCCUAUGAAGGAGUCAGGUAAGGAAAUGUGCUUGUCGAUUCUUGGAAUGAAAUCUGAAAUACUUAAUCAGUUUAAUCCCUUGCAUUUAUAUUUGGGCUAA